GGGAGACAUUGUUAACGAGAACGGAAAUGAGGCCAUGGACUGGGAAGAAGAAGUCAAUCCUUAUAACACAGAAACUUUGAGUAACUUUACGCAGUAUUCCGAAAAGCAGCCAACAGAUCUCGACAUGACAGAUCCUGAUCUUCCUGAAAGAAUGGCACAGCUAGAAAAAACUAUCGAUGCAAGCAAUAUAUCUAAAACUAAAUAUGCAGAUUAUUUAGAUAUUCAGAAAACUUUAUUUCUGUAUUGCUUGCAACUUAAGUUUUGAAGUGCUGCAGUAUUAGCCAGAAAAGCUGCGAUUAAUGUUCGCACUGGCCAGGAUUGGGCCAAGAAGCUGAUUAAUGAUCCCGAUUCUGAUAUUUUCGAAAAAAAAUACGAACAAGGCUGUCAGUAAGGG